AGUACUCCUUUUGUCUGCUUGAAGUUCUUCCGCGCGAUCCCUUGCUCUUUCUCAGCUGUAGAGGGCUUCCGUGUACAGCAACCAGAUGGUGGCAAAGCGCUAUUUAGCUCUGAAAGCGUUCCGUGGCACGUGGAUGGCAUGGGACGAGUAGCGUGUCAACACUGCGUUGGUGGUCAAGGUGCUUUCAAAGCAAGACGAAAGGGUUGUGCAAGUGCUUUGUCUGUGGCCUUUGCCCGACCCAGCACACACACCGGAGAAAUGAGGUCCAAACGGGCGUGUGACACACGCAUGCACGUUCUUUGGCGCCAGGGUGUGACAAAGUGGGGAGCUGCCAAGCUGAGACAUUGUUUGGGAAGCGCUCGGGACGAGGCAGCCAUGGAGGAUUUGUGUCGACUGACUGGGCGCUUUGGAUCCUCUGUGGGUGAGUUGAAAGACCUUUGCAUUUCCAUUUUCUUCCAAUUGUGACUGUGUAAAUUGCAACGACAAAAGAAAGUGCUCAUGUGGAGCGCAGUGAAGAGCACCGUGGCGCGGCGUCUGCCCAGUCGUUGCGGCCCGCGUCCCACUCGUACGUUGUCAGGACUGGAACGCCACGUGGUACAGCAGCGAGCCGGAGCUGACGCGGUGCUUCCAGCACACCGUCCUGGUUUGCUUGCCGUGCGUCUUCUUGUGGGCGAGCUGUCCCGUCCACCUGCUUUGCCUGCGCCUGCGGCCCCGCCGACCGCCCCUCCCGCUCUCCUUGCUGUGCUGCGCCAAGAUGCUGCUGAGCUUCACCUUGGCCUCCAUGAGCCUCCUGGAGAUUUUCGACCUCCUGGUGAAGAAGAAAGAGGAGGAGCUCCAGCAGCAUCACGCCGUUUUCCUGCUGGUUCGAUGCUUCACUCUGGUGUGUCCCGUCCGUGCGACCGGCCCCGCCCCUCCGCUCUGCGAGACUUGAGCAGCUCCUUGAGCAGGUAUGGAAGACCUGGUUCAACACACAAGUGGGCCUGGCUGUUGCCAUGGUGACAGGCAUGACCCCCCCCCCACGCCUUCCCCUUUUGUCAGCUGCCAAAAGUCACAGCAGCCCGAAGAACAAUUUCCAUGUUCAUUUUGGGCAGGCUUGCCAAAAACGUGUUAAUGCCUGAUCCAGACGGCCAUCCGCCUCCACUUCCGCCACUGCACCGUCCUCACCAUCGCGCACCGUCAUGGACUGCGACAGGUGAGCGCGGCAGGCAGCCAGCGCUGAAUGUUGCGCCUCCGUUUUGCCUUCAGGAUCAUGGUGAUGGAGCGCGGCGGCGCCGUGGUGGAGGUGGACGCCCCCGCGCGGCUCAUCCGCCAACAAGGACACUUUUACCAAAUGUGCCGACAGGCCGGAUUAGUCUGAGCCACGUGUGCAGGAUCCCGUCCCAUCCGGUCCCAGUUUGUUCAGUGCUGGCUGCGGCCGGCCGUGCAUGGGUUGCGUGUGUGCGCUGACCCCGCCGCAGCACGGGUCGCCACUUCCUCUUGGAGGCGCAGAUAAGGCACGCAGCCCUUUUUCCACGCUCACCUGGGACCUUUCCCGACACCACCAAAUGAUUUGUGACCAAGUAGGCUAAUAAUACUGAUACAAAUCCAGCGGAAAAACGCUUGAGGUGCCAGUCCAAAGUGUUGCGCAAUAAACUCGGAGUGCUUUGUCAGAGAAACGUGCGUGUGCGCCUGUUUGUGCUGGAUUAUUUGUGCAGUUUCAAGGAUUGUGACUGCAGGUUUGUCUCCUUGUGCAAAUGGUGCGGGAUCCACAUCGCUCCCUCCCACUCCCCCCUUGAGAGGAACGUGAGCAGAAUCCAAACGACCGGGAAGUGACGGGCGCCCAACGGAACAUUCUUCCCUGGACUCGUCCCGUGACGUCAGCAAGGAUCCGCGCUCCCAUUGGCCCGAGCGUCCCCUAAAAGGCCCGCGCGGCCCGCCGACCCGCAUCCCGCUGAAAGAUGUGGCGUUCGUCGUGGUCUUGUCAGCUGCUGGUGGCCGUGGUGGCGUCCUCGGCGUGGUGCUUGGAGCCAGAGAGCGCGGAGGCGGGUCCGCGCCGCGCCCGCUUCUCCUCCAACAGCCCCGCGGAGGUGGCGCGCUGCCUGAACGGCGCGGUGGCGGUGGGUUGCGGAUUCUUCUCCUGCCUGGAAAACUCCACUUGCGACACGGAUGGGAUGCACGAGAUCUGCGAGCUGUUCCUGCAAGCUGCCGCCACCUUCGAUACGGAGGGCAAGACGUUUGUGAAGAAGAGUCUGCACUGCGUGGCCCAGGGCAUCGGCAGCAAAGUGUUCCAGACCAUCCGCCGCUGCAACAUCUUCCAGAGGAUGAUCGCCGAGGUGCAGGAGGAAUGCUUGGUGGCGCACGACAUCUGCGGUGCGGCGCGCCGAAACCCGCAAGCCUUCGCCGACGUGGUGCAAGUGCCCACGCACUUCCCCAACAGGUACUACAGCACGCUGCUGCAGACGCUGCAGGCGUGCGACGAGCAGACGGUGGCGGCGGUGCGCACGGGCCUGCUGGGCCGUUUGGGCCCCGACGUGGAGACCUUCCUGCAGAUGGUCCGCAACAAAGACUGCGAGGCGGGCGGAGCCGCCGCCGCUGCCUUCGAGGACCCGUCCGCCUGGAGGAACGUGCCCGUUUUCAACGUGCAGCCCGGCUUCCGGGGACGCGACCCCACCCACCUCUUCGCCCGCAAGCGUUCGCUGGACCGCCAGGGACCCGCCGGCCGGCACGGGUAGAACAUGCCGCUGUACUUACUAUGUGGGAGUAUUGGGAGGACAACAAAGCAAGCAGAAUCAGAAAAAUAAAAAAUAAGAAAUCAAAAUAACGUACGUUUGAAUUCAAUAUUGUCAAGGCUUCGAAAAAUGAGGGAUUUUUUUUUUUCAUCAAAACCACAAAAUGCAUGUAGGAAAGGGCUACACUUACUUCACUUGUGUGUGUUGGGUGCGUGCGUGUGUGGAUGUGGGUGCGUGCGGGAUUGAUUCUUGGGUUGAUCAUACAAGUUAAGAAAUGGCUUUAAAAAAAUAGCUCAUGCAUAGCAAGGUUGUUUUAAUAAUAAUUAAUAAUUCAU